AGAUCAUCAUCAUAUUUUUAUUUUUUUAUUAAAUAUUAAUUAUUUUUAAAUAAUAUAAAUUAAUUGCGCGCGCAAUGAAUCAAACACAAGUUUCUUGUAUACCAAACGCAACCAAGAUGUCAAAAACGAAAAAAGUUUUAGAUGAAGCAAGAGAAAUAAAUAAUCCCGAGCUAGAUUUAGCUGAUAAGGGGAUUGCAUCUAUAGAAGAGAUGCCAAGUUUACUUACGAUGACGAAUAUUACGCGUCUAACUUUGAGCCAUAAUAAAAUACAGAGUGUUCCUCCUGGCAUUGCAAAUUUAAUCAACUUAGAAAUUUUAACUUUGGCAAAUAAUUUAAUUGAAGAAUUACCUCUAUCAUUGUCAUCGAUGCCGAAGUUACGCAUUUUAAACUUAGCUAUCAAUCGACUAAAUGUUUUACCGCGAGGUUUUGGAGCGUUUCCUGCAUUGGAAGUUCUAGAUCUUACGUAUAAUAAUUUGAGUGAAAAAAAUUUACCUGGAAACUUUUUUAUGAUGGAAACGUUACGAGCACUUUAUUUGGGUGAUAAUGAUUUUGAAUUCUUACCACCAGAAAUUGGAAAUUUGAAAAAUUUACAAAUUCUUGUUCUACGUGAAAAUGAUUUAAUUGAAUUACCUAAAGAAAUCGGCGAUUUACAACGUUUACGAGAACUACAUAUUCAAGGAAAUCGUCUUACAGUUUUACCUCCUGAAAUUGGAAAUUUGGAUAUGAUGAGUAACAAAGCGGUUAUUAAGUUAGAGGGUAACGAAUGGGUAACUCCGAUUGCAGAUCAAUUACAAGUUGGUAUUAGCCAUGUUAUGGAGUAUUUAAAAACGGAAACUUACAGGAUCUUAUACAAUCGACAUAUGGCUGCAAAACCACCACCACCACCAAGUUGCAUUGACAAGAGUAAGAAAAUCUCGCGUACAAGAUCAUAAAAGUCGUUACCGAUUUAGAAAAAGUUUUUCCAAAAAAUAAAAAAUACUGCCUUUAAAUUAGUCGAGUGCCUUAACGUUGUUCUUAAUAUAUGGUGCUAAUAUUUUAAAAAAUUUUACUGCCAUACUUUUUAUUUGUGUCUGGAUCAUGCAGUAAACAGUAAUUUAUGUAAUAUACGGUUUCUUUCAUAGUUAAUGCCGUAUCGACAUUAACCCUUUUAUCCACUCGGUACCAUGGAGGGCUAAAUGCUAAUAUUUUGCAUUUCGUGACAGAAAAAUUAGUCAAUUUUUUAACACAAAUAGAAUGUCUCUUUUCUGUAUGUCAGAGUGCGAUUUCGAUCUAGCUGUCAAAUUAAGUUUAAAAAACAAAGGGUGCCGCGUGAUUCUUAUGUGGGCCUAAAGCCUUCAAAAGAUUAAAAACGGCCCUAUGUAUCAUAAACUAUGAAAGACACAUGAAAUCUUAUGUUACCAAAAGCGUGUGACUAGACACAAGAUUCUUUUAUUCAAAUUUUUAAUAUAAAUUAACAUAAACAAAAUUCCAAGGACUCACUUUAGUUGAAUCUCGUCGAAAUGAAGUCACCUUCGAAAUGAUGACCAUCCCAAAAAUAUCUUUUAAUCUCCCGGACUAAGAUCCUCGGAAUUUUGAUUAAAAAUUAACGUGCAUGUAUUAAU